AUGUCUCUUCCAUUUUCAAACGAGCCCCCGGCCGAGCGUGUGCCAUACGCUAUUCCCCAAUUGGAGGGCGAGCGCAUCACUAUUCCCGGCAGCAAAGGAGUCUUCCGCAUCUUGACUUCCUCAAAACAGACCGAUGGCCUUAUGGCUGUGUUCACCAGUGGUGCUGUGCUCUCUGAUGCCCCUGGUUUCCACUACCACAACGAAGCCCACGAUGUCUUUCUGGUGACGAAGGGAUUCCUGAAGCUGUACAAUGGAGACAAGUGCCGAAUCAUGGGUCCAGGUGACUUCGCCUAUAUCCCACCGAAAGUCAUUCACAUGCCAGACAUGAUCGGCCCGCACACCGAGCUCCAAGGCCUGAUUACACCAGGUGACUGGGUCGAUUUCUUCCGCUACGUCUCCGAGCCAUACGAAGGUAUUCUCGUGCCCGAGGGUGAUGACCGAGACAUCAAAUCCCUAUUGAUCCCGAAGGUGAUGGCCGCGAAGGGCCAGUUCGACGUCGUCUUCCAGCCUCACUACCAGCCACCAGAUGUUGGUGAAUGGACCAAGGAAGAUGAGAAGCUGCCCGAAGGACCCGAAGGAUACUUCUUGCGCUCCAAUACCGGCCCACGCUGGAUGCUUGGAGGUGUUAUGUCACGACCAUUUGUGACCACAAAGCAGAGCAGUGGUCUCUGUGCGAUCUCCAGCAUUGAGUCUUCCAAGGAAUAUGGCGAGACCUUCCUGUCUCAGUACCUCACUUUCUCCAAGGUUGAUCACUGUUUCUGUAUUAUGGAGGGUGCUUUGAAGGUCCGCCUGCAGGGUUCUGGGGAAACCAUCUUCCGCGAGGGUGAGACAGUGGUUAUCCCUGCUGGACAGGCCUUUGCUUUGGACUUUGUGAGCAAGUAUGUUAAGAUUCACUCCUUCACUGAUGGUGAUGGUAUUGAGUCUCUCAUUCAUGAGCUCGGUAGCCCUCUUGAGGCUGUGGUCUUGCCGGAGCAAGCUCCUGAGUGGGAUGCUUCGAAAUUGCCCUCCGUGGCUGAGAAGUUCAAUGUGACUUUGUAA